AUGAAAAUUUCCACCAUUGAACAGGCGGCUAUAAUUUUUCCAAGUUUCCAAAAUUUGGAUUUUUUAUUCGAACUUUUUGUGUUCCUCGAAGAGCACAUAACGAAAUUUAUCGAUAUCGAAUUUUACAUUGCAUUUUUUGGGAUUUUUCUAACAAUAUUCCAUGUUUUCAUUUUGACGAGAAAAAGUGUAAUGAUGUCUUCCAUUAGUUCUAUAAUGAUUGGAAUCGGAAUUUGUGAUAUUAUAUCAAUGGUAUUGGCGAUAAGUGUGAGGCAUAUGAUUUAUAAUUUUAAAAGAGACGAAUGCACACCGCCGCUCACAUUAUUCACCUACCGCUUAUUCUGGGUCCUAAUGCAUUCUCGAGAUGCAGCGAUUCGAUGUUCCACGUGGCUCGGAGUAUUAAUGGCUCUAAUUCGUUUCCUGGCUCUACGCUUCGUGUCGAGACCCAGUUUUCAAAAAAUCUCUCAAAUUUCAUUUGGAUUUCAUGCAACUGCAACAUGUUUUGUUGUUAGUUCUAUCAUGUCAUUUGUCAACUCUAUGAGAACCAAAAUCAUAGAAAUUGGAGUAUGGAAACCAGGGGAAAGCUGCCUCCAGAAGCCUCUGGAAACUUUUAUGCUCCAUGAGCUCCGAGUUUCCGACGCGUUUUCUGCCAAUAAUGGGAUUAUACUGAGAAUUGUCACGUUUGUGAAUGGAAUAUCGUCGAGGAUUUUUCCAUGUAUAAUUCUACCAAUUCUCACUAUUUUGUUAAUUUUGGAGAUUAGAAGAACGCGAGUGAAAAUGACCAGUUUUUCGAGCUUCAGCGUCAGAAAACGCACUGAACGAACUACUGGACUUGUUAUUCUAAUGGCUGUUACAUUUUUUGUUGCAUCACUUCCGGCUGGAAUUUUCACAUUAUUUCAGGUUAUAUAUACGGAUAUUGGAUUUGUACAUCUCUCAACAUUUGUGGACCAUUUCUGUAAUGCUAUUCUGACUUUAAACGCGUCUAUGCACUGUUUGAUUUGUUUCACAAUGUCCUCAGAUUAUCGAAAACGGGUUUUGAACAUUCUGAGAAUCAGGAAAAAGGAAAUGAGUACUGUGAAUUCUGUGUUCUCAUUUUUUUUCGAUUUUUAG